GGUGGCCGCAGCACAGUGUAGAAACAGCCGGACGGGUGCCGCGAAGGGCCAAGCAGGAGGAAGAUGGCGGUGGUCGCCGCCACCCGUGUGGUUUCAUUCCGGGGCUGGGGGAGGCUCCAGCAGAUCCUGGGAGCCGGUAAAGGCGCCAGCGCCUUCUGUGCGGUGUUGUGGAGAAGGGGAUAUAGUUCACAGGAGGAACUGGUGGCCCACAAAGUGGAUCUGCCAGUUGAAAUGGAAAACCCCUAUAAGGAUCCUCCUAAAAGAUGUGUCUUGUGUGGAAUAAAUGUAGACUACAAGAAUGUACAGCUUCUGUCCCAGUUUGUCUCUCCAUAUACUGGUCGCAUUUAUGGCAGACAUAUAACAGGUUUGUGUGGGAAGAAACAGAAAGAGAUUUCAAAAGCCAUUAAAAGAGCUCAUGUAAUUGGAUUUAUGCCAGUUGUGUACAAGGAUCCAACAUUUCUUAAUGACCCAAAAAUUUGUGAUAUCAGGCAUCCGGAGUAAAUUAUGUAAAUUGUGCAUAAAACAAUAAAGUUGUUUAUAAUGUUUGUG